CGUCGUAGUUGGUUAGAUAGAGUUCGUUUUUCCUUACCAAGUGUGCCGAAAAAGUUGCAGAUUUGUCGUAAAGGGACUAUCAUGGGAACCGCAGUUAAGUACGUUGCAGCGUUGAACAUAGAUGCAACGUUGGUCAAGUGCUAUGUCUACGCAGUGUUCCGCGAUUCAUGCCGACUGGAAGUGGUUGGAUCGGCGAGUGAUCCUAUCGCUUUCGUUUAUCCUGCGAUCGGAAGGGUAGAAAUCGAUCAUGCCAAACUUUGGACCAGUGUCAUUCGUACGAUCAAAACCUCGAUAGAAGAGGCCAAUCUGACGGCCAAGCAGAUUGCGUUCCUCGCCUUGACCGCGCAUCGGGGUUCAUUCACCUGUUGGAAUCGCUCCAAUGGAGUGGUGUAUCAUAACUUCAUCACCGCGCAAGAUCAACGCGCCGAUCAAAUGGUUAAAGAGUGCAACGAAGAGUUCAUGUUCAGAGCUUUCAAGGCCAGUUCAAGUGUGCUGCAUUACAUUACACGAAACCAGCGCUAUCUCAGCCAGAAGGAGUUUGAUGUCACGAACUCUCACGUUACAAUGCGUUUGGCGUGGAUGCUGGAGAACUGUCCGGGAAUUGAACACGAUCAGGAAGUAGGAAACGUUCUGUUUGGAACUAUCGAUGCGUGGUUGUUGUAUCGUUUUAGGCAAGGCGACGAUCCAAAGCGUGAAGUUGAGCACAUCAGUGAUGUGACUAGUUGUGCAGCAACCGGAUUCUACGAUCCAUUUACGCACGAAUGGACGGAGUGGGCGCCCAUGUUGUAUCCUAUAAAGAGAGACAUGCUGCCGAAAGUUGUGAACAAUUCGUAUGAUUUUGGAUUCAUUGACGCAUGUUUCUUCGGAAGUCCUAUAAAGAUAGGAACAUCGAUGUCAGACGUCUCCGCUGCUCUCUGGGGUACCGGAUCGUUCGAGCGAACCGACCUCUACAUUAAAAUGGACACUUCUGCAGUAGUCAACAUCAUCACGGGACCCACUUGUCUAGCCUCCGAACAUGGACUAGUUCCAACGGUCGGCUACAUAUGUACACAUCCUAUUUCAGAUCAUACAGAAAGGUCCUACGUGCUGGAGAAGACAUGCGCUGACUGUACCACCGUUGUCGACUGGGGUAUAAAGAUCGGACUGUUUACAGACCCAGACGAAGCGUCCAGAUUGGCUACUGCUGUACCCGACACCAAUGGAGUCUUCUACAUACCGGCCUUCAGCGUAUUUGGCGUUCGCGAUAUAACUGCUGGUUCCAGCUUCAUUGGAAUCAAAAAAUCCACUCGCAAGGAACAUCUGGUUCGGGCCCUGCUGGAAAGUCUAGUCUACCGGAUUUCGCUGUUGUAUGUCAGCGCCCACAAGGAAAUCCAAAAUCAACCAAUCGAUGAUUUCUCCAAAAUCAAAGUGGAUGGUUCCGUGGCGAGGAAUGACUUCAUCUGCCAGACCUUAGCCGAUAUCACGGGGCUACCGGUGGAGAGAGGGGACGCUGCGGACUCUGCAGCGCUCGGAGCUAUUCUCCUAGCUGGAAUCAAUGAGGGCUUGCUGCGAAGUAAGCAAGAUGCCAUGAGUAUGCGUAAGGUGGAAAAAAUAUUCACACCUCAUCCGAACUACAAGCUGAAGCUUCUGAGGAACAUGAGGUGCUGGGAGAAUAUAGUGGAAAAAUUUAAAGAGCAUCAGUAAAACUCUACUCGUAGAUAGACAUUAAAACUUGUAUGAAAUUUAAUUUCAACUAUAUAUAGUGAAUUUGGAAAACGUUGUUAAAUUUCAAUCUGAACAAAAUAAACCGGCAUGUUCAUUUUAUUGAGUCUACGUUUGGCCAAAGAA